AUGGAGGCGGACUCAUGCCAUCUGCAGGAGCCCAAAGUGGAGAACGCGCAAAUGCGCACGCAGUGUGAUGCCUUCUGCGAGGGCCAAGGCGUCUCGCUGCUUAUCGGCUCGCAGACCUAUGGCUUCAGUUUGUCCGCCUCUGAGGAGAUUUGCCUGCCGCCGCUGGGGGUCCUGAAGCACGAUCCGGAGAAGCUCCGAGAGUGUGGGAGCUGGUCAAGUGCCUUCCGGGAAAUUGAGGUGAAGACCUCCCAAUUCAUCGCGCAGCUGACAGUCUUCCGAGCGACCCAGUCACUCUACGUGGCCACGCUUCGGAACAUCACCUCGGAAAUCCAGGCCUACGUUGCCAGCCAGGAGUUCGCGGUGACGAUCAGCCGAGCAGUGGACAAGGUUGGGGUGCUGACGGCCGCAGUGAAGGAGCGACUGGAGGCCGCAAGCACAGCGCUGGUGGAAUCAGAUCUGCGAAAGGAGAUCGCCACUCUGCGAUUAAGGGCAACAGCCUUGCAAGCGUCGCUUGGAACCAACAUCCCGCUGAUCGAGCGCUUCCUGUCCGAGUGCAACGACCUCCACGUCGGCGUGGGGCCUUCUGGGGAGUACUUGCUGGACAUCUGCGCGCAGGAAAAUGCAGCAUGCCUGGAGAAUCCCCAGUCCGGCCACGUCACCUGCUGCUGUGCCUACCACCCCUUCUCCUCUUUCGGCAACGUGCCCCCGGCCGCGCUCAUCAACGGCAUCGCGGGCUUUGAGGGUUGGGCCCGCGUGGCCGCCGGGCGGCUCUUGCAGGGCGAAGGCGAAGGCGUCCUGGACAUCUGCGCGGAGUCCUGGACCGAGGCCGCUCCCAAAGUGGCCGAGAUCUACGCGAAAGUCUCGGAGACCGGGGAAUCCGACGUGGUCACGGCCCGGGCCCAGGCCAUGAAGGCGCAGUAUGGCAGCGCCUAUUGCGGCUUUCCCCUGGACGCCUUCCAGGGCACUGACAAUGAUGGCGUCUUCGGUUCGGUCAAUGUUGCCCAGAGCUGGCAAGCUCUGUUGCCCGUUGCGUUGGCAAUGAGUGCACAAUUCGUUGGAGAAUUCUAG